AUGGCCAACCAACAAGGGAAAUCAACUACCUCCAUCCUCUCCCUUCCCACCGAGGUGGUAUCGGAGGUCCUUGCACGUGUCGGGUCAUCUUCCUCGACUGAUCUUUUUAGCGCAAAACUAUGCUGCAAGUUGUUUAACGAGGCGUCCGCCGCAGACACCAUAUACCAGCGGGUGUCACUGGAGAAGUUUGAAAUCGUCCCCUGGCACAAAAACGACAAAGUAUCCAGGUUCCUGAAGAAGUGCAGACAAUGCCAAAAUCCAGAAGCGAUGUAUCGGAAAGCCGUGGUUGACUAUUUUUCGGACAAGCAUUUGGACGCUGCAUUGGAAUGCCUCGAAGAGGCUGCCGAUUCAGGCCACCCCGACGCUGCAUAUGCGUUGGGAAUCAUUUACCUCUUUGUUGGUACCGACGAGUUCAAGCGCAGAGGCAUGGGACUGCUCAGCGGGUUGCAGAAAUCCAGAUUUCUGCAAGGGGCAUGGAAACUUUGUCGUGAAAAUUUGCGAGCGCUGGUGAGGAUGAUAUGGGUCAAGAAUCCUGUGUUUCUAAACCCAGCGCCCAUUUGUUGUGCCAUGACACACGAGAGGAAAACAUCUUCAUGGCCUAUGGAUGCCGAUGACGUGGAGGAGAUUACAUGUGAAGGCUGCGCUUGCGAUGAAGAAAUUGCAGCAAUUUGUGCCGCCCUACCCAACCGUUAG